AUGAGCAAUGUGUGUCUAGUUGUGAUAGACGGAUGGGGGCAUGACGAAACGAGUACGGGAGGAAAUGCAGUGAAUGAUUCAAGAUGCAAAUGGAUGAGGACCCUAAGCCAAGACUACCGUAGCUUUCUUCUUCAUGCGCAUGGAAGAUAUGUUGGAUUGCCCGAUGGUCAGAUGGGGAACUCCGAGGUGGGACAUCUAACCAUAGGAAGCGGACGGAUCAUUGAGCAAGACAUAUUAAGGAUAGACAAAGCCAUUGAGUCUGGACAGCUUAAGAGUAUGCUGAGCAAGGAGGUUCUGGAUGCAGGGAAAAGGAUUCACUUAGUAGGGAUGGUUAGUGAUGGAGGGGUUCACUCGCACAUAAGGCAUCUUAGGGGGGUUUUGGAGUGCCUUAAGGGCCUUUACAAAGAGGUGUUUAUUCACUGUGUAAGUGAUGGUAGGGAUACGGAGCCGCGUGUGUUUUUGAGGUAUCUCGAAGAGGUCAAGGGCUUCUGUCAAGAGAUUGGAGUUGGAAAGAUUGCCUCGGUAGCCGGCAGGUUCUACACAAUGGAUAGGGCAGGCAAUAACGAAAGAACAGAGCUUAGUUUUCUGAUGAUGACAGAGGGAGAGGAGAUGGGUGGAGAUGUCAAGGACCGUAUUCUUGAGAUGUAUGAGGAAGGCUUGGGUGAUGAGACUCUCAGGCCUCUUCUUGUUGACAGUGAAGGGAGGAUAGGGCCAGAGGACACUGUCAUCUUCUUUAACUUUCGGGCAGAUAGGAUGAGACAGAUUGCCGCUAGAUUUGCCUCAAACGGGAACAACAUAAUAACCAUGACGGAAUAUAAAAAAGGACUUGUAUCAAAGGUUCUUUUCAAGAAGGUGUGUGUGAAGAACACCUUGGCAGAAGUCUUAUCUAGCCGCAAGAUAAAGCAUUCCCAUAUAGCAGAGAAGGAGAAGGAGGCCCAUGUGACAUAUUUCUUCAACGGGGGCAAGGAGCAGCCGUUUCCCAGUCAAAGAACAAUAAUACGUGACAGCCCGAGUGUUGGGUCGUUUGAUGCAGUCCCGUCAAUGGCAUCGGGAGAGGUAACAUCUUCUGUGAUCUCUGAGAUCGAGAAUGGAGUGCCCCUAGUGGUUGCCAAUCUUGCGCCUCCUGACAUGGUAGGCCACACGGGGAAUCUGGAGGCAACGAAGAUGGCUGUCGAGUUUACAGACGAGUGCAUAGGAUCGAUCUACAAGGCCUGCAAGUCGAACGGAUACGUUCUUGUUGUGACUGCCGACCAUGGGAAUGCAGAGAAGAUGGUGGACAAAGAUGGAAAUUGCUGCAAAACGCAUACAACAAGCAAGGUUCCACUGAUAAUCUGUAAGGAGAGGCAGGAAAGGCCUUCCUCCUCUUUGUGGGGGUAUGCAGACUCUGAUUACUCACUAAGAGAUGUAGCGCCGACAGUGCUGGAAAUAAUGGGAAUUCCAAAGCCGGAGGAGAUGACUGGGAAGUCGGUCCUGGCAGAUAAUAAAUAUAAACGCUCUUUCUCCUUUUAA